AUGAGCGUCACUUUCGAUGUUUUCCGCGGCUCCAAGGAGGGCCAGAUUGUCGCGGACCAGACCACACGCACUUUGGGAUACAAUGAAGUCUACAUCGAAACGACACACUCCGGCCUCUGUGGUACCGACGAGCACUUCUUGAAGUCCGGCCAGGUGCUGGGCCACGAGGGUGUUGGUGUUGUUCGUCAGCUGGGUCGUGAUGUGACCGAGGUGAAGGUUGGAGACCGCGUUGGAUUUGGAUACACCCACUAUGUCUGUGGCACUUGCGACAAGUGUCUAUCUGGCUGGGACCAGUACUGUGAGAACAAGAAGGAGUACGGCACCCACGACCACGAUCUCGGUUCCUUCGGCCACGGUGUCGUCUGGGAUGCUCGCUGUGUUGUUCCCAUCCCUGAUGGCUACGACGCCGCCGACGCUGCUCCUCUGAUGUGCGCUGGCGCCACCGUCUGGACUUGUCUGACCGAAUAUGGCGUUCGUCCUACUGACCGCGUCGGUGUGAUGGGAAUUGGCGGUCUCGGCCACCUGGCUAUCAAGCUCGCCUCUGCCAUGGGAUGCCACGUAGUUGUUUUCUCCAGCUCUGAGGCCAAGCGCGAGGAGGCCUUCGGCUUCGGCGCCUCCGAGUACCACGUCUUCCGUGCGGGCCAGGAGCUCAGCGACUUCAAGCCCGUUAACCAUCUGCUGCUGUGCGGUAGCGCCAACGUGGACUAUACCUCUCUGAUCCCCUUGAUGGACGUCCACGGCUCGAUCUAUCCCCUGACUGUCGAUUUUGCUCCCUCUCCCGUUCCCCUGCUUUUCAUGAACAUCAAGGGUAUUCGCAUCCAGGGCUCCCUUGUCGCCUCUCGCCGCAGUCUUCGGACUCUUGUUCAGUUUGCUGCGGAUAAGAAAAUCACGCCGACAAAGAUGACCUUCCCCUUGACCAAGGAGGGUGUUGAGAAGGCUAUGCAGACCCUUCGCGAUGGCAAGAUGAGAUAUCGCGGUGUUCUCGUGCGCCAAUAG